UGAGGGAUGGAUCAAGCUAGUCAAGUUCAGCGGAUUUCUUCUACAACGCAUCUUCGCGAGGAACCUCCGAAUCGGAUACGCAUCGAACAACUUUGCAUGUCUUACGUUUCACCCAGGCUGAAAAAAACUCCUUUUUCGGUUUGACUAUCGCUUUCAAAGGGAGUUAUAUAGAUGAAGCCAUGAAGAGAAUCGUUGAAGGUCCUCCAAGCUGCCCUUCUCCGCUUCCGACCAACAGCAAGGUAACAACUUGAAAUGUCGUCUUCAGCGCCUUCUCACCAUACGCUUACACUCCCCAAAAUCGACGAGACCCAAUAUGCACUAUUGACUCGGUCACAGUAUCUCUGGAUGAAACUCAAGUUCCUAUUUCUACCUUUCAUCAUCACAACCGAACUCCUCAUCUCCCCAUUCGUCGCCCGAAGCAAAAACAAAGCUCUCAAACGUGUCAUCGGCGACGCGCCAUUCCGGUUCCUCAUCCAAAACUUUGCCCAAGCGGAGCUCCAACAUCUUUUCGGGACGGACGUUGGUGUUUAUUCAACUUGGGCGAGAAAGGCGAAUUUACCGGUUGUGAUAGACGAGUUGGAUGAUGGGGCGAAGCUUAUGUGGAUUGGACCGAAGAGGAAUGAGAAGGUGAUACUUUAUUGCCACGGAGGAGGGUAUCACCUUCCUGUUCAGGCUUACGCUAUUUCGUUCUGGAGAUACAUACAGGUGCAGCUAGAAAAGAGAGGCGUAGAAGUGGGUAUUGCGAUUGUGGUAUACUCCCUAAUCCCAACCAGCCACUUCCCAACCCCCCUCUGGCAAACCACUCGAGCUCUUGAACAUCUCUUUUCCGUUGAAAACGUCAAACCCUCGAACCUCGUACUCGUCGGAGACUCCGCCGGAGGAAACCUCGUCGCGCAAGUCCUCUCCUCGAUCCUUCACCCACCCCAUUACGACGUCAAUGUUAAUGUUGGCACCACCACUACACACAUCUCAAAAUCAAAAGCACCUAGGGAGCCACCUCAUCUCAAUACUGCUGAUACUGCUGACAUCCACAUUCGAAUUCGAGGAGCAUACAUGAUGUCACCCUGGGUAGGACUAACAGGCGUCUACCCCCUCGGAACCACAGAAUUUCUCCCUUCCUUCACCGAGAACAACAACCUCGACAUCCUCACCCAGGAAUUCUUGAUUUUCUGGGGAACCAACGUCUUGAACGGCGCACCGCACGGAUCUCUGGACAUAGAUACGAUCCCGUACCUCGACCCACUGCACGCCCCAGAUGACUGGUAUCAAGGUCUUCAAUCGGUCGUUGAAAGGGUGUUGGUGUCAACAGGGAGUAAAGAAUGCCUGCGUGAUGCGGAUCGGGUGUUUUUCGAACAGAGGAUCAAGCCGUAUCAUGGGGAAGCGGAGUUUUGGGAGCAGGAGGGAGGGGUGCAUAUUGAUCCGUGUUUGGAUUUUCAGGUAGGGGAUGAGCCUUUGCGGGGCGCUUUGACACCGAGAAUUUUGGAAUGGGUUUGGGAAUGUUUUAGUGGGGGUCGUUAAUUUUAAUGGUCGAAGUAUAUAGUAUGUAAAGAAAUCAAGGCAUUGACUACUAGUACGCGUUUAUAUGCGCAGGAAACCUUGAAUCGAGGCAGAUAUCCCUUCAGCCUUCCUCAUCGAGUACAUUACUCAUAUUUUCUCUCAUUAUUUCGUCGGCUUUAGAUUUCCAGUCAAUGAAUGCAUUUUAGUACCACUAUAUGAACUCUCA